UAGAUUUUUUUUGUGAUGAUUUGUUGAUUGGUCAGAUUUUUGCCUCCUAAUUUGAGAGUGUAGAGAUUGGUAUGUUGUGUGUGUGACUGAGUGUUGAUGGAGGUUUCAGUAAGAGCUGUGUCUGUAUCGCCCAGCAGCAUCAUCAUUUGUGUGAACUGAGAGUGGACGGAGUCCUAAUCCCCGUUAACAGAUUCAUUAUCGCUGGGCACAAUCGUGUCGCUGCCUUGUUGUGAAGUCGCCUGGCUGAACGAUCUGCUGCCUGAAUGGGGUUCUGACAUGACGAUAAGGGUCCCUCUGGGGUGUCUUCUCAAUCCUAAUCCCUCUCUCUCCUCCCUCUCUCUCCUCUCUCUCUUGCGCUGAGGGCUCCUCUCUUAUCCAUCAACACAAGCACCUCUCCACUGUUACCAGACAACCAUCCAAUCACAGGCUGUUUAAUAUUUCAAAAACAGACCCUGUUAUUUAUUUACAUUUGACAUAUUUUUGGGGUUCAUGUCCCCUAAACCUAUAUAUUUCAGGAUGAGUUAUUUUCCCAAGAGGAUCCAGCGUUGAUGGUUGGCAACGGUAUACCUCAGUGAGUGUGUAGAUAUUUGACAGAAUACCAGAGAAGAGCAAGAGAUAGCAGAACACCCUGCCAACGCUACAGUCAAAGUUCCUUUCAACAGGGUGGAGGAGGGGGGGUUAGGCGAUAGAGUAUGGCUGCCAUGGUGACCGUGCCCAGCUACACCCCUUCGCUAUGGGUGAGGAUGUGCCACGCCCUCCCCCGGCUGGACCUCACCAUGACGAUGAGAGACAACUUCUUCAUCCCCGACAGCUGGGAGUACCAACAGACUCUACUGGUCCUCUCUAGUCUCUCGGCCAUUGCUCUCGUUCUCUCCCUCCUCGUCAUUAUCUCCUUCCUUAUACACUACUGCUGCUGUCGCCGUGGUGACCGGAGCGAGGGAUCUGAGGAAGAGGAGGAGGAUGAAGAGGGCAGCACGGGCCAUGGCUAUGGAGGCAAGAAAGGGCAGGGUAUCUGCUGCGUCACCUGGGUGUCAGUGGCGGCUGUCACACUGUGCUGUGUUGCCAUAGGCGUUGGUUUCUAUGGCAACAGCGAGGCUAAUGAUGGGAUAUAUCAGUUGACCUCAUCUCUUCUCACAGCCAAUUACACACUGGCUUCCAUCAAUCUGCUGGUUUCAGACACAAUCUCUGGGCUACAGCAGUCCAUCGCUGGGCCCCUGACUACUAUGGAGGAGCUGUUUACAGGCAGUAAGCCUUAUUUGGUGUCCACCCGGAACUGUAGGAGACUGUCAGAGAACGUGGUGUCCCUGCUCACCUCUCUGACAAUGGCUCGCUCCUCUGACGGGGGUGCCUGGAACAGCAGUAACAAUAGCGGAGAUCCUCCCAUAGCAGCCCUCACCCCUGUGCCCCCCUCCAUGGCCCCCACAGUGGCACCAGUCGGAGGGGUCAUGCCAAGCCCCUUCUCCCCUGGCUGGGCAGCCAACACACUGAUGGUCAACGAGGACUACAGGUGGCUGUCCUACGUGCUGCUUUUGCUGUUGGACCUCCUAGUGUGUCUGUUCAUCCUGCUGGGGCUAGCCAAACAGGCCCGCUGGCUCCUCAUCCUGAUGACGGUGCUGGCCUGGCUGGCUCUGUUCCUGAGCUGGGGAUCCCUGGGCCUGGAGACUGCUACUGUGGUGUCUGUCAGUGACUUCUGUACAGAUCCUAACACCUUUGUGCUCAACUCCACCCACUUCAACUCGGGGACCAGCUCAGACGUGUUGGAUUAUUACCUGACCUGCAGCAGACGUAUGAACAGCCCUUUCCAGCAGCUGCUGACCCAGUCACAGAGGGCCCUUUCCAGCAUCCACACACACCUAUCCAGCCUGGACCGGAAUGCUCUCCCACAGGUCCCCAAGGCAGAGAAGUCACUCAGGGAGGUUCAGCAGAUUCUCAAUGCCACAGAGGGCAACUUUCACCAGCUGGUGGCGCUACUCCACUGUCGAGGUCUCAACAAGGAUUAUAUUGACUCUUUGAAAGGCCUGUGCUCUGACGGGAUGGAGGGAUUGCUCUACCUCUCUCUCUACUCUUUCCUUUCGGCUCUGGCCUUCACUGCCAUCCUCUGUUCCCUGCCCGGCGCCUGGAGAAGCUUCCCCAGUGAUUCCGAGGAGUAUGAAGAUUCGGACAGCGAGAGCGAGGACCCCUUCACUUCCCAUCAGGCACGUAGACAGCCGGCCGCGGGGUCUCAGCGAGGGGCCUUGCCCCCCUUCUAUAAUUACCAGGGAGCCGGGUGGACUCCUCCCUUUUCUAGCGCGCCACCCCUCCCUUAAUGCCCUAAGUGUACUUUCCUACCUGAUGUCUUAGCAUGUAGAACAUAACUAAAUGCCAAGUCCAGUUAAUGCCCUAAGAAGUGUACUUUCCUACCUUAUGUCUUAGCAUGUAGAACAUAACUAAAUGCCAAGUCCAGUUAAUGCCCUAAGAAGUGUACUUUCCUACCUUAUGCCUUAGCAUGUAGAACAUAACUAAAUGCCAAGUCCAGUUAAUGCCCUAAGUGUACUUUCCUACCUGAUGUCUUAGCAUGUAGAACAUAACUAAAUGCCAAGUCCAGUUAAUGCCCUAAGAAGUGUACUUUCCUACCUUAUGUCUUAGCAUGUAGAACAUAACUAAAUGCCAAGUCCAGUUAAUGCCCUAAGAAGUGUACUUUCCUACCUUAUGCCUUAGCAUGUAGAACAUAACUAAAUGCCAAGUCCAGUUAAUGCCCUAAGAAGUGUACUUUCCUACCUUAUGUCUUAGCAUGUAGAACAUAACUAAAUGCAAAGUCCAGUUAAUGCCCUAAGAAGUGUACUUUCCUACCUGAUGUCUUAGCAUGUAGAACAUAACUAAAUGCAAAGUCCAGUUAAUGCCCUAAGAAGUGUACUUUCCUACCUUAUGUCUUAGCAUGUAGAACAUAACUAAAUGCCAAGUCCAGUUAAUGCCCUAAGAAGUGUACUUUCCUACCUUAUGUCUUAGCAUGUAGAACAUAACUAAAUGCAAAGUCCAGUUAAUGCCCUAAGAAGUGUACUUUCCUACCUGAUGUCUUAGCAUGUAGAACAUAACUAAAUGCAAAGUCCAGUUAAUGCCCUAAGAAGUGUACUUUCCUACCUUAUGCCUUAGCAUGUAGAACAUAACUAAAUGCCAAGUCCAGUUAAUGCCCUAAGAAGUGUACUUUCCUACCUUAUGCCUUAGCAUGUAGAACAUAACUAAAUGCCAAGUCCAGUUGGUGUAUUCAGGCACUGUAAACACUGUGAUCGUCAGUGGCCCUAGUCUAGAUCUAAUAGUAACAGUAUCAUGACCAAACUGCCCAGAGUAAAGUAACUCAGAUUCCAGGUACCCAAUAAACAAUAAGAAUGCAGUGGACUCCUGAUAAAUGCUCUGGUUUGGGGCCGUCUGGAAAGACACACUAAAGUGGAGCAUGUGGAUAUCCAGAGCAAUUCAAAAUGAAUGUAUUUUGAAUUGGGACUGGUGAAGUCUGAAGUUUUAAGUUGCCAUGCACGUACACGUUGUACACAAAUGUGCACUUCAUCAUUGUACAUGAGUUUGCAUUUCCCAAAGUGGACUUCUCAGGAGUGGACUGUGUGUAUAAUAUCUAAAACCUCCAGCUAUCCCCCUGCCUACGUAGAUGAAGUGCCCUAAUAACACUAAUGCCACCAGUUAUAAGGAGGUCCGUUUCUACAUCACCAUUUCGCUAAUCGCUCUUCCUCCCUUUCUCUUCUUACCCCACCUCGGUUCCCUCCUUUGGUCCACCUCCAUCUUUUCGUCUUUCUCAAUGUGUCUCAUCCCUUUUUCCCCUCUCUCUCACUCAUUCUCCACUCCUGCUCCUAUUCCUCCUCUUCUGCCUUCCACCUUUUC